AAGGGAGCCAGCGGGAGAGGGGGGCUUAGUUGAAAUGCGCUGCGCAUUCUUGUGUGGAGGGCGAAACGAUCAGGCAUCUGCAGGACGGCGAGCCAUCGCAGCUCAACUCUUCCUCACGCAGGACGCACGUCUCCCUCAGCAUCCUCAUUGAUUCUGCUGCUUUCUUUCAUUUAUCAGGAAAAAGAAACAGUUUAUAUCAGCCGGAAAUUGAGCCGGACGGAACCCUCGGGGAAUUUCGCGCACACUGCCGCAGAACCGGAAUUUUUCUUGGAGGAUUUGAGGGAAAUGAUACCGAGGUGAGCCGGUGUCUUCGCUCUGUGCUUCCGUUUGAGCUCCGUGUUCAGAGGAAAUCCUUCACAAGAAUCUCAAGAUGUCUACCGGCAUCAUCCGCCUGCUGAUCCUCACCCUGCUCCUCCUUUUGCCUUUGGGUUCAAAUCAGCAGGUGCCCUCCAAUUGCGUGAUCAAGAGGGAGCAGGAGAAAUGCAUGGAGAUGAUGGCGCUGCACGAUCCCAACUCUGAAUUCGACUGUCCAUGGUUUUGGGACAACCUUACGUGUUGGCAGCCAGCAAAGGUUGGCGACGUCAUCGAGGUUAACUGUCCUGAACUCUUCUCGCAGUUCAUGAGUGAGGAAGACUAUGAGCUGGGAAAAGUGAGCCGCAAUUGCACUGAGUUUGGCUGGUCAGAGACUUUCCCCCAUUAUGUCGACGCCUGCCUGGUUGAGGAAGGAAACAGCAGCCACCCGGACAUGUACUUCGUGUCGGUGAAGGCCCUCUACACUGUCGGCUACAGCACCUCUCUGGUGUCUCUCACCACAGCUAUGGUCAUACUCUGCAGGUUCAGGAAGCUGCAUUGUACCAGGAACUUCAUCCACAUGAACCUGUUUGUGUCUUUCAUCUUGAGAGCCAUUUCUGUCUUCAUCAAAGACGGCGUGCUGUACGCCGAAGAGGACAGCGACCACUGUUUCAUACACACUCUGGAGUGUCGAGCCGUGAUGAUUUUUUUCCACUACUGCGUCCUCUCCAACUACUUCUGGCUCUUCAUCGAGGGUCUGUACCUCUUCACUUUGCUGGUGGAGACCUUCUUCCCUGAGAGGAGGUAUUUCUACUGGUACAUCAUCAUUGGCUGGGGAACGCCAACAGUGUGCGUGACCAUCUGGGCUGUACUGAGGCUACACUUUGAUGACUUCGGUUGUUGGGACACAAAUGACAACGCUGCCAUCUGGUGGGUGAUUAAAGGACCUGUGCUGGCUUCGAUUAUGGUCAACUUUGUGCUCUUCAUUGGCAUCAUCGUCAUUCUGGUCCAAAAGCUUCAGUCUCCAGAUAUUGGUGGAAAUGAAUCCAGUAUUUACCUGAGACUGGCCCGCUCCACUCUGCUGCUGAUCCCGCUCUUUGGGAUCCACUACACCGUGUUCGCCUUUUCUCCAGAGAACGUCAGCAAAAGGGAGCGUUUGGUGUUUGAACUCGGCCUCGGUUCUUUUCAGGGCUUUGUGGUGGCUGUCCUGUAUUGCUUCCUGAAUGGAGAGUAUAUCCCUCAAGGUGCAAUCGGAGAUCAAGAGGAAAUGGCGCAGCUGGACGGUGAACAGGUACUUUGCUGUGGACCUGAAGCACCGGCAUCCUUCGCUGGCGAGCAGUGGGGUGAACGGGGGCACGCAGCUGUCAAUCCUCAGCAAGAGCAGCUCGCAGAUCCGCAUGUCCAGCCUACAGGCCGAGACCCCGGCCACCUGAGCGGCUCCGGCGUGGAUGCAGCGUCCGCAGACCCAUCCGGACCGGAGAAACCCACCGUGCCCACUCUCAUCCCGAUGACCAGCCUUACCAACCCGUUCCUCGACUCAUACCCGGAUGAUAUCACCAUGGAAACACAGCUGAGCUCGAGCGACCCAGAGCAACCUCUCGUCUAAACCCGGAUGUGCCAAAUGAGGAGCUGCCGGGGAUUUGGCAGGAUGGAGGAAUCCGAUGGGAUCUGUAUAUAUUGUGUUUAAAUGUGGUGCUACAGGACACAAGGGGUCCGCUCGUGUCUCUCUCAUCAUUCCAGUCCGUCCAACACAUUUCUGCAUUCUCACUGCAUUCCCCUCUGAGUCCAGACGUCUGCAGGUCCAAGCGCAGAAAGACACUCUGAUAGUGUAAAUACUUUAUUGUCGGCUGCUGUUUAACCAGUGAACACAUACAAGUCUCCUGCAGCUUGGGAGAGGGGUUUUUUCAACAUAUGAUUGUGUUGCAUCAUGGGAAAUGUAGUAGCUGAAAAAAUGCUGGCUCCUUACUCCACCUCAAAGUCCCUGCAGCGACCCUUUAAGAGGUUACAAGAGUCUUUGAAAGACGGGAGCGUUCAGUGUUAUCGAUCAAGCUGUGGCACAGUCAGAGGUGGAGGUGAAGGGCAAUAUUUAUUUUAAAGAAAGGAUUUUCUACAGUUCUGUGAAACUCAAAAAAUUGUGAAGUGGAAAAAGAAAAAUUAAGUUGGCAGCCAUUAGUACAAAAAAUGUCAAUGAACUUAAAAAGUUGCAUGAGUUUUCUGUCUACUUUCAUUUAUCACAGAUUUCAAUAUUUUCCUUUUUAUGUUUUUUCUAGUUUCUAACUUUUUGUUUAAGUAAUAGGAAAAACCCAAAUUCCUGUCUUAUUCAUCCUUUUUUCUGCAGCUAGUGUGUCAGUGAUGUCUGGCCUCUUCACUCUAAAAAGCAAGCACACAGAUUUCAGCCUUUCAUUUGAGGAGAAUUCUUCCAAAGAUGAGUUUUUCUUUUUGCACAGCCGUUUCACACUGCAGCUGAUGUCAAGUCUCCUACCGAUCCAGACGACUUUACUCUGCUACCUCCAGAAGUGCCUUUCAGCACUAAACGUAUUGGAUGAUUUUUAAACGUAAUUUGGAAAAACAAACCCGCAGAAUACAGAAAAAAAUGAGGUUCUGAAAGUGCUUCUCUGAUGCUGGAGAGGAAAUCUGUUUUUAAAACCUGGAGGCCUUCUGAGUACUAACUCAGUUUAUAAAGAUGAGCAAAACAUACGACCAAAUCAAGCCCAAAAAGGACAAGUUUCUGUGUAUUGACGUCGGUCUAAACAGAUCAAGAAGACUCACAUAUCAAGAAAAUGUCCCCUUUUGUGAAGCAACACUCAUACCCGCGUGAAAUUGUAAACACCCAUUCUUGAACAAGCACGGUGUUCACACUGGUCUGUCACUACACGGUACUAGCGCGUGUCCGCGUGUUGGAAGAGGUUCGGUGCGAAAUCUUGAAGCGGUGCAAAUCUCGAAAAUCAGGCUUUCUCUUUCACAGCUCUGUUGUCAUAUAAUUCCAUCCACAACAAACAGCAAUUAUUAAUUUCUCAAGUUGGCACUUCCGUGAAUUAAAAGGGAAGCCAUCCACACGUCACAACUGAUUGGGUAAAAUUCAAAAUGGUUAAACUUUCAACGCACAUUCGAUGGUCGUUUGGUUUGAACGUAGAGCCCGAAAACGGUCUUAAAAUGUGUGUAGCUAUGUGUGAACGUGAGAGUUUUGAACGCGCAAGGGGCGCCAUCCAUACGUCACAAUCAAAUCCACGUCACUGACUGGUCAAAAUUUGAACUGGUUAAAUGUUCAACGCAUUUUGAAUGUAGAUCACGAAAAUGAUUAUAAAAAUGUGCGUAACUCCACGUAAACGAGAGUUUUGAACGCAGAAGCCUGAAACGCAGAUUUACGGACGUUUAUAUAGACUUUUCAUUGAAGUUGGUCACUUGAAUGCAUGUUAGCGAGGGCGGUGUGAACGUAGCUUAAAACAACUUUCUUUAACCCUUUAACACCACAGCUGUUGCCUGUAACAGCUAAAGACAAAAACAAACUCUUUGAUGUGCCGUAACUCUGAUUCAGACGCAGAGAAAAUUGGUAUUUCAUUUCACAUUUGCUAACGUGGAGCACAACCACUUUUCUUCAAGGCUGAAUCAGCUGGACAUGCAUUGAUUGCACUUCACUACUAUAAAGUGUCACGUAUCAGUAAAAGACUGGUUUUCUUCUCUUCAGAAUCUGCUGAAAUUACGUUAAUUGCGUAAAAGUUGCAAUAGCCGAAAUAAUGUCAACACUGAAGCUAAAGCUCUGGUGUUCAAAGGUUACAUUAGUUUGUGCAUGUUAACCUUUUUACCCUCACAUUGGACAUAAAAACUGAAUUUAUUCAACCCUGACACAUUAAACAUGAAAUGUCCUUAUUCGGAGGUCCAUGCCAGUCUCGGGGAGAGAUGGGCUGACCAGACACGGUCCUGACCUGCUUGUUAUGCCAUGCGUGUGUGUAUGUGUGUGUGUCUGUGCUGCAGUAAUAGCAGAGCAGAACCAACAGCAGCCAUAAGGGGGCCCUGUUGCUUUCGGGAAAGGGCUGGACAAUCAGCACAACUGCUCUAGUUCAUCCACAACGUGCAUCACACACAUCCGGACAAUCCCGCUUUCUCUUUCUUCUCCUUCUGAUCCCUUUGUGAGGAAUCGCUUUUUUUGGUGUUUUAAUAUCGGAGUUGGAGCCUUAUAACGCCAGUACUAUGUUGAUGUCACGCAAAGUUGUUGCUAUUACUAUGACAAAUAAAUAUUCAUUUGAAACAGCUGUCCUGAACCAUGAAGUAUAGUGAGUAGUUUAAAGGUUGUGUAAAGAAAUAAAACCUGUGACUAAAUGAACUGCAGUUUCAGUGUGUGAAACAGAAACAAACUGCCAACACUUGUAACUUGUGAAGCUAAAGUUUUCUGUGGUUCUAAGUGAAAUAGUUGCAUUCAAUGAGUUUUGUGCUCAUGGUUUUUUUUCUUCUUUUACAAAUGUUCUUCUUUACAGUGAUAAUUGUGUCUGCUAAAGCCUCAGCUCUCCAGCAGAGACGCGUGCAUGCCCGUCCAAUGCUUUUCCUUUGAGUGUUUUUUCUUCACAGACACGAAGAAAAUCACAGUGCCAUCAGUAGCUAGUCUGCAUGAUGUUUAAUGGUUUACUGAAUUUGCUUGUUUAAAAAAGUCUGACCACACAAUGGCUGAAUGUAAUUCGAUUUUAAUGCAACAGUUUUGUCUUUUUUCUGUCUGUGCACAUUUUUGUAAGCUAUGAAACUAUCGAGAAUAAAUGUUUUUAACUUGUUG